AUGGCGGACUCCACGAUCUCAGCUACUCGAGAUGCCCGGACUGCGCGGCAGGGAAAACAUCAUCGUCGAGGUGGCCGUGGUCAGAAACACAGCACAAACCAAGGCCAGCGCUCCAACGAUGAGCAGCAUGGCGUUGCGGGAGCCAUCGCCGGUGUUCCAUCUGAGAGAACGAUGAAUAUUCGCCAAGACAGAGGGAACCAUCGAUCUAGAAGGGGAGGCGACCGGCGGGCAACUGCACGUCCGAAUGAUCGUCCUCCUCGAUCAGACGAGAAUAAUAAGACCACUAGCCGAAUACGUCCAUCGCCAUACAGGAACCCCUUAGCAAAGUCACAACCCGCCAAGCUAUCACCGGAACAGUUGCAGGAUAUUCUGGAGGGGACUCUGUCCGAUAUUAAUCGCGCUGGGUCAUCAGCUUUCAGUAUUGUCGGCAGCUGGGCCACGGAAACGGGUCUUGCCAGAAUUCGAGAAAUCGUUGAAGCAGACUUUGCCCGGUCCUAUAGCGUGACCCGGCUAAUGUUUGACCCCCACUGCGACGUGGGAACUAUCUUCAAUGUUAUCUAUGGGCCGCGUGGAGAUAGGGGAGUUGCAUUCUUUCGACAGGUGGUGGGCUGUCUGGUUCAUCUACGGGACACGAACACCGACGUUGACCAUGGUGAUGGGAUAAAGUACGAAGAGGUGCUCCUACAUGUCACAGAGGCCAUUCUGAGCACCAUAUUGCAGAUCCAGGAGGCGACCUUUAAGUCAGAGUUGAAGGGUAUCGUGGACGAUCUUCAGAGCUGUUCGCCUCUUGGAGAGAUGGAGAGAGUUCUCACCAACCCCAAUCUAUGUCUUGCCAGGGAAAACAUGUUGAAGAUCCAGGACAUUUUUGGAACAGGAGAUAGGAUUGCCGCCUAUGUACCGAAGGCAGACAUAGAUCUAUCAGAACAGCAACAGCCCCAGCAUGAAGUCGACCCUCCUGGAGACUUAUCAAAAUUUGGUCCUCGGCAUAACAAUGAUCACGCAUCAAUAUCUAACAUCAACAUAUUGCCAACAUUGUCAGAGAUUUUGCAUAGUCAACGACUCGACUUUCUUCCCACACGAGAUAGUCUAUAUACCCCAGACGGACAUCACGAGAAAGGAGUUCGCCGGCUUCUAGAUACACAUUUUCGUCUUCUCAGGGAAGAUACAUCGGGGAUUUUGCGUGAUGCUGUUCGCGUGAUUCUUGACCAUUGGGAAACGCUUGUACAUGGUGCUCGAUGGCAGGAAAAGAAAAAGAUACUACGAACUCAUAGUCCUACUCCCGUUCGCAUCUACUACGGAGCUCAGAUCCGAAGAGUCAAACCAGACCGUGUAAAAGGCAUGGAGAUCGACGUUGAAUUUGACCAGGUUGCCAGGAUAAAGAACAUGACCCCCUGGAAAAGGAAGCAUUACUGGCGCGAGUCUCGCGCGCUGAACGAAGGUGGAGCCUUAUUGGCACUCAUAGAUGCAGAGGUGGAGAAAGACACCACUGUAGUCUUUCUGCAGGUCUCCAGGAGGUACAUUGAACCCAUGAUGGAAAGCAAUACCGAGAAAGAAAUAUCAGAUUUGGUGAGUGAUGCAAAACGGGCUAUGAUUAGACUACGCCUCACUAGUUCUCCUUCUCGAGGUGAUCUGGAUGGCAUCCUCUCUUUGGCGACCAACCAUUCCUCCUCGAAUCGACCGCUCAUACUUGUUGAGUUUCCUGCCCUACUGUAUAACCUAUUUGAGGGAAUUUUACGGUGCUUACAGUCCUUAUAUGCCGACCCUCGAUACCUGCCAUUGACCUCUUGGAUAGCACCCCAGGAAAGGUACUGUAUGGAGACAACCACUACCUUUGGGUACAAGGCCUUCCCGAUCCACUCGCCAGCCUAUCUUGAAAAUCUAACACUAGACCUUUCGUCAGUUUCAGUAGCUGGCGAGAUACAGGAUAAAGACAAUAUAGCCACCCCACUGACGUUCUCCGUUGGUCGAGACUUUAAGGCUAUGUCUGAGGAACUAUUUAGACAAACGACGUUAGACAUGGGUCAGGCACAGGCAAUGAUUUUAGCAUUAAAAAAUCAUUUAGCCCUUAUCCAAGGUCCACCGGGGACAGGCAAAUCAUACGUAGGCAUUCAGAUCGCAAAAUGCCUCAUUGCCAACAGAAUUCCGCUAUUAGGACCGAUUCUAUGCGUCUGUUACACAAACCAUGCACUUGAUCAGUUUCUCCAAGGGCUUCUUGAUUCCGGAAUUUCGAAGAUCGUACGCAUUGGAUCUCGUAGUGCCUCACCCGCCCUGGAGUCCCUUUCACUUGAAAACUACAAGAAGCAGAAAAAGAUUCCACGCAUCCCUGGCCAAGGCAGAUCAAUCAAUCUGUUACAGAAACGGCUUGAUGACUUGGCCUUUAGAAUUGGUGAGAUCUGUAAGCAACUCGAAAACGGGAUCUCUGGUAUCGUGAGUGCCUCCUUAAGGAGGCGAUUUCCCAAGCAUGACAUACAGAUUACCGAGGGAGUAUUGAUCGGUGAUAAGAGGCCUUUGGAUACCUGGAGUCAAGGUAACGGCCCAGGCGACUUGAAUGGAAAUGGCGACAAGCGACAGAUCGAACAACUGCUUUCUGUAGAUCCAUGGACGUUAACAAACGAGGAACGCACACGCCUACUGAGGCACUGGCAUGAGUCAGCUGUUAACGAUCUUACAUUCGAGCUUGAUAACCUAAUACGUCAGCAUGCCGAAGAGAAACGCUGGUAUACUGCCUUGUUUAACAAAGCAGACGCCCAGAUAUUCAAUCAAGUGGAAGUUGUUGGAGUCACUACAACUGGUCUGGCAAACAAUGCCGAUCUCCUGCGUAGCCUUCCAGCAAAGGUGUUGAUCUGUGAAGAGGCAGGCGAAGUGCUCGAAUCACACAUUCUGACAAGCUUUUUGCCGUCUAUUCAACAUGCCAUUUUGAUCGGAGACCAUUUGCAACUUCGCCCAAAGAUCUCAAACCAAAGGCUAUCUAUAGAGUACGACCAAAGUGGACCUAAAUACAACCUUGAUGAGUCAUUGUUCGAAAGGAUGGUAAACCUGCGGCCUCCAGAUUUUCAUAGGUCGGGCGGACAAGCCACCAGUGCGGUGGAUUCUGUUCGAUUUCCUCUGGCACAACUAGACAGUCAGCGGAGAAUGCAUCCUUCGAUUGCUUCCCUCGUUCGUCAGACCCUAUAUCCCGACCUAUGCGACCAUCCGAAGACGAGUUCGUACGAUGAAGUCGCUGGGUUAAAACGCAGGCUAUUCUGGCUUGACCACCGCAACAUAGAAGACCCCGAUGAUCCCGAGGACCCGAUGCGGAGCAAGACAAACACAUGGGAGGCGGAUGUGGUCAUUGCACUAGUGCAGCACCUGUGUAAACAGGAGCGCUAUAGCCCUGGAGAGAUCGCCAUCCUAACCCCAUACAUUGGCCAGCUUAGAUUGUUGAGGAAUAGAUUGGAGGGCAUCGUUGAUCUUAUUAUCGCAGAGCAAGAUUUGGUCGAUUUGGAUGAUGAUUCUGAAGCAGAUAUGCACACGAGUGACAGCACUAGUCUGACAUCUCACAACCGACGAACUGUUGAGAAAGCCAGAUUGUCCGAGCAGGUGAGGCUUGCCACGGUGGAUAAUUUCCAGGUCAGUUCAUUGCAUCAGCCUGAGGGCCAACUCCAUAAAGACUCACCAUAG